AUGAUCGCAGCACCUCUGUGGCCACCGUCCGGAACUUGGCUUCCAGUGGCAGGUCUGAGCAGAGCAUCUGGACGAUUAGGAUCAGGGCAGCCAGGGCAGCGGAAGCCCGGAACAUGGGACCAGAGUAGACGCAGCCAGGGACGAGGCAGGUGCCAAAGCGCCAAGUGGUCGGCUCUCGUCGGAGGUGCAGCGCUGGGCGCUAGAUCUCGAGCACGAUGCGGCAGCCAUUCCAAUUCUGCUUCUCCCCUCGAGCUCUUCCCCGUGCCUGGAUCUCCCGAGAUCGAGUUGGAAGUUCUCGGCGGAGAAGGUGACGGCAGCAAAGUCCAGCCAUUCACACUGUUACUCAUCCACGGGAGUUACCACGCAGCAUGGUGCUACGAGGAAAAUUUCCUUAGCUUCUUCAGAGGUCAGGGAUUCCACACAUAUGCCCUUUCUUUGCGAGGGCAGGGACGUGGCAAGAUGGUUCCGAAGCUUCCCGUGGCUGGGGCACUAGAGGAGCACGCGUCCGACAUCCAGGCCUACGUUCAUCAUCUCAGGGAACUUCACGGGCAGCCGGUGGUCCUUUUGGGCCACAGCUUCGGUGGUCUGAUGGUGCUGCAGGCAGCGGCGGCCUUGAAGGAUUCCCAAAAAGGGGCCUUGGCUGGGCUAAUUCUGCUUUGUAGCGUCCCGCCGGCGGGCAAUGUGGGCAUCAUCCUUCGCAGCCUCUUCAAAGCUCCAUUGCAAGCUCUGCGUAUCACCUGGGGCUUCGUUGCACGUGCCUUCGAGAGAGAUGCGGAGCUUUGCCGACAGCUAUUCUUCGAUGCGGACACCCCUGCGGAAGACGUCGGAAAGUACAUGGACCUGAUGAAAGAAGGCUGUCCCGAAGGAACCCGAUUGCUAGACCUGCGCCAGCUGCAGAGGCCUGGGGUCUGUUUCCAACGCAUUCGGGUCUUGCCUUGCCGCGUCUCGCUGCCAGGUGAUGCAGAUGUCAUCGUAGACAAGGAGGCCUGCUCCGAAUGCAAAGCCAGCUUUAGCCAGAGAAGUGCCAUGGGGCUCGUGGCGCCGAACUACUACUUUUACCUGCAGCCUUUGCUUGGGCUUCAGCUGUAG